AGUAUAUAAAUACCGGUGGGCAGUGCUGUCAACUUAAAACAUUGAAGAGCUGCUUAAAGACAAAUACAGGCUAAAGGGAUAAACCUAAGUGUUUUUUAUUAGUAGUAGUAAAAGACUGUAAGGCAAUAUGCAGGCUUUUAGUAACUGCGGUUUGUGUGCUAGUGGGAGUCUUCUUAAAGGCCGGACCGACUUCCUGGUCGCAAGGAGAAACAUGGCAGUCCUGCGACUGAGUGCUGCAUGCGUUCAGCUUCUCAAGGACAAGGCUAACGUGUUCUGCAGAAGCCGCGUUCAUCAGCGUCUCCUGCGGCUGCCGGAGGUCGGCCGAUCCAAUACAGUCGCGUUCAGUCUCGGCACCAGCCUCUGUGCGGUUCCGUUCACGCAGCAGGUAGAAAACCUUUCACAUGAAUCCCUGAUUCGUCGGGCCUCAUGUCUGGUCACAGACAGUGCCAACACUUACCUCUCUCAGACCACACUGGCUCUUGUGGAUGCCCUCACUCAGUAUGCCAAGGCUCUACAUACACUCAUUGCCCUUCAGAAGCGAUACAUAACCUCAAUAGGAAAACUGACCCCUGCUGAAGAGGACAACAUUUGGCAGGUGAUCAUUGGCCAGCGAGUGGAGGUUAGUGAUAGAUUGGAAGAAUGCAAACGCUUUGAGUCAAACUGGAUGAAUGCCAUCAACAUAUGCGAGUUGUCAGCAGAGGCAGCCUACAAUUCAGGAGCAGAGCAUGCAUGCACAGCGACAAAGACUAAUCUGCAGGUGGCACAGUGCAAGGUGGAAGAGCUUAGAAAGAUCUCAAAAGAAGCAGAGAAAAAACUGGCCGAAACGAAAGCAGAAGAAAUCCAGAGAAUGGCUGAAUAUGCCUCCAGCAUUGAUAUUAAUGAUCUGGAAGAUAUUCCAGAGGCAUACCUUCGUGAAGACUAGAAAAACUACAUGUGUUUGUGACAUUGGUAUUCUGUAGCCAGCAGUGAAUCACUCAAUGAGUAUAACUGAAUCAAGAAGGCACCUUAAUAUGAAUUUGCAAUCAGUAUUGGUUAUGGAAUAACCAAUGAAGGCCUCAUUGAAUUGAUAUGGUUGAUGUUCAUAACGAUAGAGCAGAUAAAAGUAAAAAAAAAAAAAAAAAAAAAAAAACUGUAUUGAGUAAUUAAUGCAGCUUGUAAGGUGCAUAUAAAAUGUAUGUGGAGGUUAAGCCUGCAAAGAAAUUGCUUUGGAAGUAACAUUGAUUUAGUAUUUAUAUGUAUAUAUUUUCAUAUUGUUUGUUUAUUUUUUAGUGCAAUUGCAUGUGUGUUAAUGCAACCAUGACAUCAUAUCACAUGUUGUGAUAUUCCAGUGUAUACAAAGUUGCAAUCUGUGCAUUUUAUAUUUGUAGAGAUCAACUGUUAUUUAUUAUUCUAAUAAAUUGAAAUUUUAUUUAGAACAGUU